AUGAGUCCUUCACGAUAUUGGCGCCAAAGAAUACUGCGAUCAUCGAGGAUGACGGGCUGCUGCACCAUCCGGAGCUUGUCAGGAAACUUUUAAUGGAUCACGUUGUCCUGGGGCCGCAUUUGGAUGUGGAUAACGUGACGAGCGAGAGAAGCGUGACGACAUUGGGCGGACGAACGUUCACCCUUUCGCCGGCGAAGGAGGGUAAGCUGAGGGCCAACGGUGCAAACAUUUUGGAAACGAAAUUGAUCCGGCCGAACGGGCUGCUCGUCGUCCUGGAUAAUUACCUAUUCCCAGAUGAUUUGGAAUUAAAACGAAACAAGACCAAAACCUCGGUCGUCGGUAUGAUCGAUGUAGUGAACGUCAAAGAGGAGAGGAAGACGAAGACCAGCAAUGCCACUUUCAUCGAGAACAUUAUGCAAGUGCUCUCGCUGCUCAAGAGCGGCGUGCGCGUUUUUCAACACUUCCUAUCCAGAUCGAACGUCUCCAAACUUUUAACUGACGAUGAAGAAUACACGGUAUUCGUGCCAACUGAUCAUGCAUUCCAGAGGUGGCACCCAAUAGACUGGGGAUUUUACCCGUUCAGUGUUCCCGAGUUCACCGAAAGCGUGAUAAUAAACCACUUCGUCAAAGGAAACCUGAAACAGGACAACAUUAAAUCAGGACAUGUGGCGAAAACUUUGGGCGGACGCGAGGUCGUCUUCAAGAAGGCUCCGAAUCUCACCGUGAAUGGUGCAUCCGUCGUUAAAGGGGACACUCCAUUACCCAAAGGAAACAUUAUGUUUAUUAGCGAAGUCCUCUUCGUCAGUGAAUCUGUGGUCUCGAGACUUCACCAGCAACAUAGAGAUAAAGAAACGCCACCGUUGCUGGCCUUCCCAUGGUUCGGAGCCCAAUUCUUAUCCCACGCCUUCUUGGCCCUAGAACGGGACAGAAGAUUCUCUCACAUAACCCGCUUCCUUAACUUGGCAGAUUUAGCUCCUCACGUCUCUGGUACAGGCUACACUUUCUUCGUUCCGACGGACACCGCUUUCGAGGAACUCGGUCUGGACAAGAUGCCCGAUAAUUAUCUAUCCACCGGCGAGGGUUUGGAAAUCCUGUUGAAUCACUUCGUUAAAGGACGAUUGUACGAUCGCGACCUCAAGGACAAUACCACACUUACGACUUUGGGCAACAAAACGAUCCACGUGAGAAGAUCGAAAGAGAACGUUACCAUAAACAAGGCAGACAUUGUCGAGAGCGAAGUUUUCGUAUACAACUUGGGAACGAUGUUCUACAUCGAUAAAGUUUUAUUCGCAAACACCGAAUUCCUAUCACUGACCAAGGCAGCACCUUUGGAAACGACUACACCAGUUCUAGCAACAACAACCGUCGCACAGAAAUUCACCACGAAGGAAGUUGAAGCCGUGCCUGAAGAAUUAACCGAGACCGGUGGUUCCUUGCCGGAUGUCCUCUUCGCCGACGCCGAAUUCAAGAACGAUACCACAGAUGUCCCAGAGUCUACAACCAACUCCGACGCCAACUCCAUAAGAAUAAAAUAAAUAAAUAGCGUAUCUCUCUGUCUAUCUGUCUCCAUUGAUUUGCAGUUAUGACGAAUGCGCGCAUCCAUCCAUAUCAUGAAAUCUAUUGAAUGCUUGAAAAUGAAAAUUUGUGUGUGGGAAACACGACUCCUCGGUCCCGAUUUUCGAAUCGAUCGUGUCGAAUUCCUUAUGUAGAUACAAAAGAAAUAAACGUAACUAACUAUAAAUGUGCAAUUGUGUGUUUUAAUCUAACAAUGUCGAGCGUAGCUUAUCUUUGUCCAUCUAGUAUAUAUAUAUAUAUAUUUAACAUUUUAAGCAUAUCAUUUGAGGAAUUCGCGGAUGCUCUGAAUUAAAUUUAAACUAAAAUGACUGAGAUAUGAAUGUGUAUGUGUCAUAAAGUUAAAAAAAAAAUAUACAUAGGUUUUGCAAAUUAUUUAUAUAAAUUUAUAUAACAUUAAUGUAUUUUACGUGUCUAUAAGAUAUAUAAUAAAUAAAUAAAUAAGCAAAUAUCAUUAAUGUAUUGGAUGUAUGAAGUAGAUGCAAUUUAUGAACCUGUAUGUAUCUUUCUUUUCUGUCGUAUUUUGUUUUGAAGCGGAACACAUGAUCUUUUAUAUUUUAUUUUUAUAUAUAUAUAUAUUCUACAUUUACUAAGUUUAUUUUAUUAUUAAGUUUAUUUACUGUAUUAUUCUUUCGACGUACCCACAAAAUCUACUAUUUUUGUCUAAUAUGUAUUAACUUGUAUAAAGUCAAUUGUUAUUUUUAGUACAAAUAUAUUGUUAUCAAAACACA